UUGUGUUCCAGGCGGCGAAUGCGGGGCUCGAAGGUCGUCUGGAUUCCCGGAUGUGACCACGCCGGCAUUGCCACUCAGGUGGUGGUCGAGAAGCAGUUGUGGAGGGACCGAGGGCUCAGCAGACAGGAUGUGACACGGGCCGAGUUCCUGAGGGAGGUGUGGCGCUGGAAGGAGACGAAGGGCGAUGAGAUCUACCGUCAGCUGCGGUGUUUGGGGGCCUCGCUGGACUGGGAGCGGGCCUGCUUCACCAUGGAUUCGGUGAGUUACCGCAGAUACAGCCCCUUGGGCCCUAUUGGUCAG